AUGGUGCACGUUAUUCCAGAAGAAUUGCAAGUAGAUGGCCAUCCAACCACAGUUACCUUCAGCCAUCAAUCAAGGAUUAAGGAGGAGAUCACUCCUUCUCAAGUCAUACAUCUUUUAGAAGCAGACUUUGCACCAUCAGAGAAAAGACAAAGGCCAUAUUCGAGGAAUAACUUGAGAUUUCUAGAGAUAAUGGAGCGUCAAGUUCAUGUGUCUGAAAGUGGUCAUUAUGAGAUGCCCAUGCCAUUUCGUGAUGAAAACCCUACUCUUCCAAAUAAUAGGGUCCUUGCCGAGAAAAGACUCAAUCAUCUCAAGACAAAGUUUAAGAAGGAUCCUGCGUAUCAUGAACAAUACACAAAACAAAUGAAUACCCUCUUCAAUAGCAACUUUGCAGAGGUCGCAUCAGAAUCAGGAGAAGAGGGUAAAGUAUGGUACAUUCCCAAUCAUGGAGUGAAACAGCCCAACAAGUUGAGAGUUGUUUUUUACUGCAGCUCGCAGUUUAGAGGAACUUCAUUGAAUGCUCACUUGUUAACAGGACCGGACAUGACUAAUACCCUCACCGGUGUUCUUUGUCGAUUCAGGAAAGAAGUCACAGCCUUCAUGUGUGACGUGAAGGAAAUGUUCCACCAAUUCCAGGUAAAAAAAGAGCAUAGAAACUAUCUCCGGUUUCUAUGGUGGUUAAAUGGAGAUGUUAGUCGCCGACUUAGUGACUGCCAGAUGAACGUUCAUCUGUUCGGAGCCGCUUCAUCGCCUGGCUGUUCGAACUUUGCAUUGAAGCAGAUUGCAAAAGACUAUGCAGAUGGGUUUGGACAUGAUGCAUCAGAUUUCAUACAGAACGACUUCUACAUAGACGAUGGGUUGAAAUCUGUAUCAACUGAAGAUGAAGCCAUUGAUCUCAUCAUGAGGACGAGAAAUAUAUGUGAACGUGGACGUCUUCACCUGCAUAAGAUCGUAUCCAACUCCAGAAAGGUAAUGCAAUCUGUUCCAGUUGAUGACAGAGGAAAGGACCUCAAGGAUUUGUAUCUUUCGCAAGACACCUUGCCUGUGGAAAAGGCUCGCGGAGUCCAAUGGUGCAUUGAAUCAGAUAAAUCUCAAUUCAGGAUCAACUUUCAGGAUAAACCACUGACUCGAAGAGGAAUCCUGUCUACAGUCAUGUCAGUGUAUGAUCCUCUAGGACUAUCAGCACCCAUAAUACUUCCUGCAAAGCUGAUUCUCCAAGAUUUAUGUCGAACUUCUGCUGAAUGGGGCGACCCCUUAUCAGAUGCACUCAAAGCUAAGUGGGAAUACUGGAAGACCGACAUUCUCCAACUUCAGUACAUCUCCAUCGAUAGAUGCUACAAACCAAAAGACUUUGGAGAAAUCAGAGAUGUGCAACUUCAUCACUUCAGUGAUGCCAGUAACGCUGGUUAUGGGUAG